CUGGCGUGCGUCGGAUAGACCAGCAGAAUCAUAGCAACGUAUAACACAUCAUAUAUUAGAGAGAUACUGUGAGGUAAGACAUAAUCACCUAGUAGCGAGAAGAUGGCUGUACCUGAGGAUUCGCUUCCGAUGCGGAAGAGAGACAGACUUCGUGAGGUGUUAUACCAAAUUUUUGGGGGCCUCAACGUAUUGAUGACUUCCGUUGGUAUCAACUUCCUUUUCAUGGGCCCCGGAGCAAUUGUGUGGUCGUAUAGCUCACGCCACUACCGAUUCUUUUCCAACAUUUUGCAAGCCAUGUGGAUUGACGGAGUGUCAUAUGGACUGCCGGCGCCUGUCCUGGUGAUUUCGGGUGACAUGCCCCCAAUGAAGCAAAACCUGGACGACGAUGUGCACAGUGCUAUCAUCAUCUCCAAUCACACAGUGGACUAUGACUGGUACUGCUUAUGGCUGCUGGGCCGCGCCAGAGGCUACCAUGGUGUCAUGAAGAUCAUUUUGAAAGACUCUUUGAAGCACUUGCCGGUGUUCGGCUGGGGGAUGCAGUAUUUUGAGUUCAUCUUCCUGGCACGCGACUGGUCCAAGGACAAGCACAACCUCUACAAACUGCUGCGGUCGUUUGUACAUGAUGACAUGCCGCUGUGGCUGCUGCUCUUCCCCGAGGGUACCACCAUUUGCAAAGAGAGUCUGGAGAAGUCUUCUAAUUUCGCAAAGAAAAGCGGAAGAAGAGUGUUUGAUAAACAUCUACUGAGCCCGCGAACCCGCGGAUUCGAUGCUUGUUUGGACGCGAUGAAAGUAGGCACGCCGACAGUGUAUGACAUCACGAUGGCGUACGACAGCUACAGCGGCGAGAUCGUAACGAAUGAUAUGGGCUACAACCGAAAUAUAGACGUGAACAUCCCUACAAUGCUCAAGCUGCUGUCGGGCGAGAGGUGUCCGUUUGUGCACUUCCACAUCCAGCAAAUUCUGUACGAAGACAUAGAUUUACACAACACAGAGAAGUUCUUGGACGAUCUGUGGGCGGCGAAAUAUGACCGCAUGGAGCGGUUUACUAAACUUAACAAAUUCGCUGAGGAGGACACGGGUGGCAAAGCCAUUCACGAGACUGUAGCCAUCAACCCCACAUCAGCCAUCAUUGCGUGGGCGGCGGCUAUUCUGGGCUCUUAUUGGACGUAUCAAUUAAUAAAGUACCACCCGUACAUCUUCGCCAUCAUAUUCUUGCCGUUCGCCGCGUACCGUACGCUUUGCCGGCUGAUUGACUGGGAUUAUGGGAAGUUUGGUGAACCCCUUGAAGCCUCAAAAGCGUCAGGGAAAAAGGAGCUGUAAGGAGUGUAUACGAGACUAAUGUGAUUUUUAGUAAGGUGUAUACCUUAACACCUAUCAAGCGUAUCUUAUAUGCUGUGAACAAGGCUCUGGCGCAGGUGCAACUCCGUGCCCCAAGUCGUUCUGUUCCCGUGUCACACACGCACAGGGAAGUUGGACUACUGAAAGUUAGUGCGACCACGCAAUCCGACUGUGCCCAACUAUGCACAUUCGUGAACCAGUCCAAAGUGCCCGUCUCUACUUGAUCAGGCGAGAGUACGACAAACGCACGUCGCAUGGCACUAUCCAAAGGUGCGACACUAUAUUGUUGUAUUUCGUGGCCUCGAGCACUAUCGCGCCAACAUCUCGAUACUACAGUAUUUCAAUUUACGAGGCACUGACAACACGUGUCAUACCAAACGCUCUGCGCAGUCAAUAAAACAACAAAGUACAAUAGAGC